CCACCCCGCAUCGGUGAAUGGGGAAAGGGAGAAGAGAGGGCAGUUGGGCGGGGCUUGCCUUCUGCCACACCCGGAUAGGAGGCGGCGGAGCGCGUCACAGGACGUGCCCGCAACCUGUGGAACUCACCGCCACGUGAUGCGGUGACCCUUCUGAUACCCUCACCCUCCCCGGUUUUGACGGCUUUAAAAGAGAAGUCUAAUGCAGGGAGGAAGAAAAGGUUUUGAAGGCAGGAGAGAAAGACACCCAUUCUUCACAUUGGAGCACUUUUGAAAAAGCUCACCGCCAUGGAAGAGGUACAAGAUUUAGCAGAACAGCCAAUAAAAAAGGCCAAGAUGCAGGAAUCAGGAGAACAACUAUUAAGGCAAGUGAGCAGCACAGACAGUAAUGAUCAAAAGCCCGAAUCCUCAAGUCUUGCUUCAAACUUGUCUAUAUCCAGUCAAAUCAUGCCAUGCACUGACUACAUCUCAAGGUCAUCAAAUGACUAUACCUCACAGAUGUAUUCUGCAAAACCAUAUGCACAUGUCCUUUCUGUACCUGUUUCUGAAACGAUGGCCUCUUAUUCUGGGCAGACUCAAUAUCAAACACUACCACAGUCCCAGACAUACGCAGUUUAUCCCCAGACAACCCAAGCCUACGGACUACCUCCUUUUGGUGCACUGUGGCCAGGUAUGAAACCUGAAAGUGGUUUAAUUCAGACUCCAUCUCCAAGUCAGCACAGUGUUCUUACCUGCACUACAGGGUUAACCACAAGCCAAUCCAGCCCAGCACAUUAUUCUUACCCUAUUCAAGCUUCAAGUUCCAAUGCCAACUCAAUUUCCACUUCCUCGCCUGCUGUCAAUAUUUCAGCUGCCACCGCCAGCAUCUCUCAACAGGAGUAUCCUACUUACACCAUCCUUGGCCAAAGUCAGUACCAGCCGUAUUAUCCCAGUUCAAGUUUUGGCGUGAUAGCAGCAGCAGACAGCAGCACAGAGACCAACACAUUAACAUCUGCCACAUAUCCUUCGGAAAAAUCAAAUGCCAUGGUGCCUUCCCAGACGGUGCAGAGACAUUCCUCUGGUGAUCCAUCUACCAGUCCAUCAUUGCCAAGAGCGACUGCAAGUAAACAUGUAGAUGAGCAAUCUAGAAGAAACAUGACUGCAAAAAACAGAGGCAAGAGGAAAGCAGACGCUUCUUCACCGCAGGACAAUGAGCUUGAAAGAGUAUUUCUGUGGGACUUGGAUGAGACCAUCAUAAUAUUUCAUUCUCUUCUGACAGGCUCAUAUGCCCAAAAAUACGGGAAGGAUCCCAGUUUAGUUGUUGGCUUUGGUUUGACAAUGGAAGAAAUGAUUUUUGAAGUGGCUGACACACACUUGUUUUUCAAUGACUUGGAGGAAUGUGAUCAAGUACAUGUAGAAGAUGUUGCAUCAGAUGACAAUGGCCAGGAUUUAAGCAAUUACAAUUUUUCCACUGAUGGCUUCAGCGGUUCAGGAAGUAAUGCCAAUCAUGGUUCAACAGGAGUCCAGGGAGGAGUAGAUUGGAUGAGGAAGCUGGCAUUUCGCUACCGGAAAGUACGCGAGGUCUAUGAUAAAUACAAAAACAAUGUUGUGGCUCUCCUCAGUUCUGAAAAAAAAGAAGCACUACAGCGUUUAAGGGAAGAUAUAGAAGCGUUAACAGAUUCUUGGUUGGGAACAGCGUUAAAAUCCCUCCUGCUCAUUCAGUCCAGAAAAAAUUGUGUGAAUGUACUGAUAACAACCACUCAGCUAGUGCCAGCUCUGGCCAAAGUCCUGCUGUAUGGACUUGGUGAAGUGUUCCCCAUUGAGAAUAUUUAUAGCGCUACAAAAAUAGGUAAAGAGAGCUGUUUUGAACGAAUUAUCUCUCGAUUUGGAAAGAAAGUGACCUAUGUGGUGAUUGGAGAUGGCCGUGAUGAAGAAUUGGCAGCCAAACAGCACAACAUGCCAUUCUGGAGAAUCACAAAUCAUGCAGAUCUGGUGUCCCUUCACCAGGCCCUCGAAUUAGACUUUCUGUGAGGACCUGGGCACAAAGCAGCUUGGCCCUGCUCUCAACAGUCACCUCGUGGUCUAAACAGGAACCAGUCUGGGUACUUUCUCUUUCAUCCAGACAAAGAAAUGCAGCCAGUGGAAGUGUAAAGCAGGAGGUUCUUCCCCCAUCGCUGCUUUCCUGGGAGAGCCGACAAAGCCUUGGCAAUGCAGCUCUGGUGCUCGAAUGGUUCUCUUGUGUUUUUUUGGCAAAGGGAACUGGGAAACUUCCAGGUGCAGAAUCUCCAGCAGCAGCAAAGGUCUUUCUCCCUGUGUAGCCCUCAGUGGUAUUAUACUAAAGAAGAGAAAAGCAGUAGAGUUUUGUAGAAUACUUUUGCCCCCUGCAGACUUCUUUCAAGCUGUUAAAUUGGAAAGGAAGGCAAAUGGAUUGUUUUUAUUUAAUCCUUUUUUUCUUUUUUUACAGAAAGGGGUCCAGACAUGUCUCCCUUCUUGCAAAGCUCAGAAAUAGAACUGUUUAUAUGUUAGGAAAAAAAUAAUAAAAUAAGAUGUUUGGAAGAUGGGGAUCUUCUCUUUCUUAGUAAGCCAGGGACCGAAAAUAUCCAACUGUUCCCUUGAGGCACCAUGGCUGUCCCCCAAUUCUUUUUCUAGCAAAUACCCCCACUUGACUAGCACAUGGCAGAUUUUUUUAAGUAAGGAGGACAAGAUGCUAGAAUCUAAUUGUGUCAUGCCAUCCCUCUUUUCAGCAACAGCAUAAUUGGGUAAUAAGAAAGCUCCUUUUCUUAGAUCCAGGAUGACAGCCUGCCAGUCCAGGAGUCCUCUUCAGAUGCCAACUUUCCAUGCGCCAAGGAUAGUGUCCUUUUUUGUUCCGAUUUCUUGUACUGCAAUUUUUGUGAAGCAAGGAUUUGGCCAGAACAAGGUACCUAAUGGAAGUCACCAUUAGGUUACUAAAUGGCAGACAAGAACAGUGGCUACUUGCUAGUGUUGUGAUUCCUUUUGAUGCAAGAGAAUGGUAGCCAUUGAUGGGGCACGUGGUGGGCUGCAACCUGAGUGGUUAGAAAAAAGGUUCCUGUUUUCUUGCUCGAGACACCCAGCCUCCUUGUCCUUGUCCUUUACAAGUCCUUUAAAAGACAGUCUAGCAGUAUUUUGUUGGAUGCAAAUGUGUUCUCCCUCCCAGAUCCCCCCCUCAGAUGCAGAAUAGAAUGAGCCUCUGUUCUGUUGAAUCGCGUUCCUGCAGAUUUUUAUUUCUCAGCAAAAGUGAGGAAGUCAUUUGCCUUGAAGGGCCCUUGGUUGACUUUGGAAAUAACUCUUGUGCCUUAACUUCUUCCCAGAGUCCUGGAAAUGUCGACUGUUGCAUGGAAGAGAGAGUGUAAGCCUGCAUCUCUUCCGUGUUGAAAAUUAAUCUUUUGAUUCUAUUUUUUUAAGCACUCUCAGUCAACGUAGCCAGUGAACGUUGAGCCACCAAGAAACUGACUCAGAGGGGUUUUUUUCCCUAGAAAAAAGCCCCUUGUCAGUCCCUUGUCAGGUUUCGAAAACACCUUUGGCCAUGUGGGAAGCUUUUGGCAUCAGGUUCUGAUUUUUGUAAUGCCUCCUGUCCAAUAUACAUGAGCUGAUUUGUUUCCUAAACCACUCAGGGCGAUGGUACAUUUUCUGUAUUAACUUUUAUAAAAAAGUCGAUUCAGCUCUUGCACCACUGAAUUUGCUGGCUGCUUUUCUCUUGGGGCUUCAUAGAGUUUGGAAACCAGUGUGUUGCCACCUUCCAUCCCACUGUUUAGCUUUCAAGCACGCCUAUUUUUUUUUCUAAUGCAAAGGUGGAUGGACAUGCAUCAUCUUAAGUACGUGAGAAGCUGGCAUCUCCCACCAAGUGUGAGAAAUAGGCUGCAACUGCAAUUGCAUACCCUAAGCAAAAGUAAGUUACAGUUGCUGAUUCUCCCUCAGGAUCCUGUCAACGUCCUGGUGUCAGCUGUGCUUAUAAUAGUGAUUGAAGGGCAUUAAUGGCUAUCUAGAUUCCUUCAAUAUCAUGUUCUAUGUAAUGGCAACUGUCCUGUGAACUGGAAAAAAAAUAAAGUCUUUUAUUUUCUAUACAA